AUUACUGCAUGGGAUCUGAUGCCUCAUGCACAAUCCUAAUUUAGUAGUCAUUGUCGCCGAUCUUCUCCACAAUCCCCAUUGUGCCCCACCACAUCAUCACCUUUGCUUCAACCCCUCACAAAUAACUUACUACUGACACCACUACCAUUACCAUCACCAUCACCAUCACCGUCACCACCGUCGGGUCAACACAAGCGGAAUGGACGCCUUAACAACCCAUCUCCUUGCCCUCACCCCCUCCAACCUUCACACCUCAACCACCCACCCCUUCCUCCACGCCGCCGGCACCUCCACUCUCUCCAAAGGCACACUCUCAGCCUGGCUCUCUCAGGACCGUCUCUACGCACAAUCCUACAUCCGUUUCAUCGGCCUGUUACUCUCAAAAAUCCGUCUUCCGUAUACCGCACCCACCACCGGCACCUCAGAUUCCUCUUCCGAACCUCUCGAAUCCCGGAUCCUCUCGCUCCUCACUUCCGCCCUUCUGAACAUCCGCCGCGAACUCACCUUCUUCGAGACCGUCGCUACUCAAUACAAUCUCAAUCUGACCGUCCCACCACCCGGCGAAACGACCUUCGGCCCGAGCGAAGCGACACAUGCCUAUGCGGAUUUGUUCCUCUCCGCGGGGUCGAGUGGAGUGACCCUGUUGGAAGGGUUGGUGGUGUUGUGGGCCACGGAAGUGUGCUAUUUCAAGGCCUGGUGUUUUGCGCGAGGGGUCAUGGAGAAGAAUAUGGCCAAUGCUGAGAAGCGUGGGGAUGAGGAUGGGGGUGCGUUGAGAGAGAUGUUUAUUCCCAAUUGGACGAGCGAGGAAUUCAAGGAUUUUGUGGAUGAGAUUGGUGAGCUGGUUGAUGAGCUUGCGAGGGGAAGUGAAGGUGGUGACAGGAGUAAGGAGAUGCUGGGGCGAUGUGAACGGUGGUGGAGGCAGGUUGUUUGGUUAGAGGGGAUGUUUUGGCCAGAGGUUUGAGGUGAUAAAUGUAAUAGUGGCCUCUAUUUUGUUUCUUGUAUGGUUGAUAAACACUUGCACUUGUUGGCGAGCCAGGCAGAACCACGAAAAAUUUACUACUAUUCUUG